ACGUUGUUUGCAAUUGCGGAAAGCGGUAGCGAGGCAUGAGACACGGCGUUAGUUUUUAAUUGAAAAGAGUGCAAGAUGCAAGAAUAGCCGAAUAGUUCGAGCAGCCAGCAGCCAGCAGAGCAAUAAUUAAUCGAGGAUUUAUUCGGAGUCGGCGCCCAAAAGAUCUAACUUAAAUAGUCAAAAUAGAAUAUUAAAUCAAUUAUUAUUGACAAAAGGCAGGCAAAAAGUAUAUAACCCAACAACGCAACGCAAAGAAAAAUCGGCUAAAAACCAGCACAUUUUAAUCAAAUAUGGGAAAAAUUAAAAUAGAAUAAAUAUAUAUAUAUAUUUCUCUAUAUAUACAUAUAUAUAUAUAUAUGCUGAAAGCGAAAGGAGAAAAGAUCAUAAAAUACAUAUUUUAUGAAAAUUUUUUGCAUAUUUUUUUACUGUUUGGCCAAAUAAUAAACUGAGUGUGUUCAUAAAGCAGUACAAUGUAAAAUUAUACGCAAAUUCAAACGCAAGGAUAACAAAUAACUAAAUUAGUUUAGAAACAAAAAAAGAAAACUGUUUCAAAUGGAUUCAGGCGAAUUUUCCGUAUUUCCAUAGCACCAAAGGUCAUCGCUUGCUGAGAAGUUGGUGCGGAUUUUGAUGCAUUUUAAUCGCGCUACGGUUGUUAUAGAAAAGCGUUUUGGGAAACGUACCAAAGAGUGAUUAUUAUAUUUGAAUUUGAUAUCAUUAUCUUGUUUAUUUUCCGAGCUUCCUUGAGCCAAGCCAAGCCAAGUCAGUUCGUCGUGUGAUGAAUGCACAAUCCCAGCAGAAUCUGCAACCCAUUAAAAACCAAGCCACAGCCUCAGUCACGAAUGCAAAACCACUGCCACUGACACACAGCAAAAGCAAAAUCCAAAUCGAAAUCUAAAUCCAAAUCCAGGCCCAGACCCAAUUCCAAAUCCAAAACAAAACAAAAACCAAAACCAAGGCCCAAACCCAAAUGAAAAUGAAAAUGCUUGGCUAAAGUGGUCGAAUCGAAUUUCCCAUUCCCAAUGGCUUAGAAACGAGGAGAGAGGAGAGAUUACUGCAAAUCAAUUCAAUACCACAGAUACUAAAAAAAGGGAAGUUAACUAAUGCAAACAGUAAUUUUUAAGUACCAUAUGAAGACAGUUUUCUAUAAAUUAUUACUGAGAGGAAUUAGGAGAGAAAACUAAGACUUAGAAGUGGGGCUGGAUUCGACAACUUCACUUUUAAUCACAAUAUUGCAGCCGCCGUCAUGUGGAUAAACAUCGCCUAUUUAAUCCUCAUCAUUGCUCAGCUGUGCGUUUUCGUCACAUCUGCGGGGGAAGCAGAUUACACACUAGAUGAUUCAUUUUGGAAUGAAGAAAGUCCUGUUGGUGAAGUGGAACGUUUACUUAAAGAAUACAGGCAAAAUCAAGAGCUUGUCCGUCGAAUUGGUGGUCACUAUUACCAAAUUAUAUAUCCAGUACAGCUGCGCCAUCACGAGAAGAUGGGCAUAUCCACGCGUGAAGUCAGUCUCCCUAAGCCGGGACAAAGACCUCGACCUCACGACGACAGUGGUUUUAACAGAGGAAGAACAAAGAAACACUUCCAUCGCACAUCGCUGCUAAUAAAAGCAUUUAAUCAUAAAUUCCGUUUGGACUUGGAGCUUAAUUCACAACUUCUUUCUCCAAAUAUACAGCAGAAACAUUACCACGUGGGUGGAUAUCUUGUCGAUGGAAACCGACAUGAUAUCGAGCACUGUUACUACCAUGGGACCGUAAAGGAUUAUCCUGGUGCCAGCGCAGCUUUCCACACCUGUAACGGCGUCAGUGGCGUCAUACACAUUGGCAACGAAACUUUCGUUAUUCAUCCCUUUUAUGGCGGGGAUCUAUCGAAACAUCCUCAUGUUAUUUUCGAGGCCCGGACAAAGGCGAACAAAGGAUGUGCCAACUCGGGAAAUCUGGACUCGUGGCGGCUGUCGCGUCGCACAAAGCACUUGUCCGCCGGAGUUGCGGGCGUCGUUGAGGAGAUCCUGCAGGGCGGCAUGGGACGCAAUAAACGGGACGUCAGGGAGGCCACCAAGUACAUUGAAACGGCCAUUAUUGUCGACAAGGCAAUGUUCGAUAAACGAAAUGGCAGUACUCGCGCGGAGGUUAUCCACGAUGCCAUUCAGGUUGCCAACAUAGCCGAUCUGUAUUUUCGCACUCUAAAUACCCGUGUUUCGGUUGUAUACAUUGAGACUUGGGGCAAAAAUCAGGCCAUUAUCGAUGGAAGUAAGGAUAUUAGCAAGGCGAUAUCUAACUUUAACGAUUACACCUCGAGAAAUCUGUUUCAAAUCGAGCGGGACACCACGCAGCUGCUCACUGGUGAAACAUUUGCCGGUGGAGAGGCUGGCAUGGCCGUGCCCGAAACUGUUUGCACACCACGUGCUGUGGGCAUCAGCGUGGAUGUCAACGUGUAUGAACCCCACCUUUUGGCGGGCACAAUGGCCCACAUGAUUGGCCAUAACAUCGGCAUGGGACACGACGACGGACGCGAGGAGUGCUUCUGCCGCGACUGGCACGGUUGCAUCAUGGCCCAGUCAAUUGUGGGCCAGGAGAAUGUCCAGCCAUACAAAUUUUCCGAGUGCAGUAAAAAAGAUUACAUUGACGCAUUGCGGACUGGCCACGGAUUGUGUUUGCUCAACAAGCCAAAUGAGAUUGAAUUACGACGAAAUUGCGGAAAUAAGGUAGUUGAAGAAGAUGAGGAGUGCGAUUGUGGUACUUUCGAGGAGUGUUCUAUGGACCCGUGCUGUGAUGGCAUUACAUGUAAACUAAAAUCGGAGGCCCAAUGUGCCAGUGGUGAAUGCUGUGACCAAUGCCGCUUGCGCCCAAAGGAUCACAUUUGUCGUGACACCAAUAAUGAGUGCGACCUUCCUGAAUUUUGUGAUGGCGAAAUUGGCCAAUGUCCAUCUGAUGUAUUUAAGAAGAACGGAUCCCCAUGCGGACUUAGCAAGUCUGGCAUCUCAGGUUAUUGUUUUCAAGGAUAUUGCCCCACGCUGAGUUUGCAAUGUGAGGCCAUAUGGGGUUACGGGGGAUCAGCAGCGGAUCGCCAGUGCUAUGAACAAUUUAAUUCUAAAGGCUCAAUAAACGGGCAUUGCGGACGAGAUGCCAAUGAGCAUUAUAUUAAGUGUGAUCCAGAAAACGUCCAGUGUGGAACCCUUCAGUGCAAGGAUGGUGAACGUCAACCAGUUAACGAUGGUAUCGACCAGCUUUAUUCACGAACAAUCAUUUCGAUCAAGGGCCAGGAAUUCGAAUGCAAGGCGACCAGCGGGCAAGUGGGCUCCAACAGUUAUCCAGAACAUGGCCUGGUCAAGGAUGGAACUCCGUGCGGUGAUAAUCUAAUAUGCCUGAACCAAACGUGUGUCAGUCUCUUUCCCCAUGUGGAUCAAACCAAGUGCCCAGCAAAUUCACAGGGUCAAGAGUGCUCCGAACACGGUGUCUGCACGAAUACGAACCGCUGUUUUUGCGAUAUGGGAUGGGGCGGUAACGACUGUAGUUCUAUCGUGCUCCUCACAACAGCACUGCCAACCGAAGCACUGCCCACCCCGGAAAAUACUAUCAAAAUGGAAAAGAAAGAAACCCCAUAUGAGAACUACCACGGCUCAAAUACAGUGUUCCUAGUCGGUGUUCUAAUGUCAGUUGUAGGGUUCGUUUUUAUAACAUUCACCUUGAUGGCAUUGUGCUACAGGUCAGUUGUAGUACAUAGAAACUUCUCCCUGUGUCUAAGGCGAAAGACCACUACGCUAAAAUACGAUCCGCCCUAUUCGAAGAAACCGAUUGCAAAAAGUUACGGUGGAGCGGCAACUGCGCCGAAUCAUCAUUCUGUUGAAGAGGUCUCCUUGGAUGGAUCCAGCAAGUUAGUCUAUGCCAAUCAAACUGGCUUCAGGGACAAGGGCAUUCAUGGACGACGCUACACGACAUGUGGCGAGGACGAUCAGUCACAUGCAGAGAAGGGUAUAUUAAAGAAGCACGGCUAUGGUCUGGUGCACGGUGAGCAGCUAAAAGAUAAAUGGGGCGAUGACAAUCAGUCCGAUAACCUCGAGCUUAUAACCCAAGACGGCACCCUGGCAUCGACGAGCGGCGGUGCGGCUGCCUCCGAAGUGGAGCGUACGUUGAAGUCUCUGAAUGGGUAUCAUGAGGAUAUAUUGGAGGCGCUGCGCAAUGCUGCCACACACCGUGGUACCGGAACCGGAAACACGCCCGUUGGCAGCGGCAGUCUCAGCGAAGAGAUGUUGCGAAAAACGCUGCAGGAUUGCAACAACUCGCAGCUAGGAUACUCGGCUGAGCAGUAUAAACGGAAUAUUGGAUCGAAAUCGAGUUCGCGGGAGAAUAUCUGCGAUAAUGCCGCCGUACAUGCGAUCAUACUCGACGGCAGCGGAGCUGGCCUCGGUAGUAUGGGACUGGGAUCGAGCGUGGGAGCCGGUGGCGGAUCGACGACUAUAUCGGGGGGUAUACCGCAUGGCGGUACAAUGCUGCACCAUCAUCGAUCGCAACAUCAGCUGCAUCAGCCCUCGACGGUCGCAUUGCAGCCGCAGCAGCUGGAUGAUGAUGAUGCUCCGUCGACCGGACCGCUGCGAAUACGUAAUCUGGAGGAUUUAAUAAGGCAACUUGAGCACCACUCGUCCCGUCAUAUGAGUCCCAGCGGAUCCGAGGAUAUACGAAUGUCGGAAACAGAAGCCGAUCGACACUAUAGAUUAGAAAGUUCCGCAGCUUGUAGUGAGUCAUCUCAAGGCUCCAAUCAGCAAAUACCACAAUCUCAGAAAACCGCUACAAUUCAUGCGUCUUACAGCAGAAGCUGUCGUCCCCGUUCCGAUGAGGAGUCAAGAUUCACAUUCGGUGGACGCUACCGGCAGCCGGCAUCUUCAGGACGACACGCGCCGCACCAGUCGCAUUCACCUCACGCAUUCGGGCACCAUACGCACCACUCCCAUGCCCACGGACAUGCCACGCACGGUCCACACUCGUCGCACCACUCAUCACACACUCAUUUGCAGCAGGAGGACGAGGGCAUCUAUGAAACCGCUGACCACCACGAGCGCCAAGUGGUUGACGCUCGGCUAGACUGCCAUGAGACACCAGAUAGCGAGAGUGAUGACUUUAUUCAAGCUCAACAACAGUUAGCCCGGUGGGCGAGUGAGGAUGUGGUAUCCGUCGUGGUAUUGGACCAGCCGCCAUCCGGUACAAUGUCGGAUUCCCAACCAUACAUCGACGUCGGACCCAUUUCGGGGGCUAUAACGCAGCAGCAUCCGCAUCAGCAGCAGCAGCAUCCGCAUCAGCACCACGGCGAUCAUCAUCAAUCCUCCGCAGCGGCAUCGGGAUCGGGAGCGGCAGCGGCGACGGCGGUAGCCAACAAUUCCAUAAUGGCUUUGCCAAUCGUCCCAAAUGGUAUAAAUGUAAGUCAGAGGGACUAUUAUCCAUCCCCGCCCUCAACGGAAACGGAAAGCAGUGGAAGUGUUAUCCAGCCGCCCAUUCGUCGCGGUUUGCAAUCGGCAGCAGACACGGCGGCACUAAAUCAACAUCAGCAUCAGCAGCAGUUGCAGCUACUUCAGCUGCCAAUUUAUCAGCAGCAUCAGCAUCAUCAUCAGCAAUCAGGCGAUACCAGCAGCAGCAACAACAGUCAGUCCGAACAAAUCAUCGAGAAUGGCUGCUACCCGGAAUAUAAGCAUUGAUAUUGUUAUCUAUAUCAUAGACAUGAUCAUGAUCAUCGUUAUGAUCAUCAUCAUUGUUAUGGUUACAUCCAGAAUCGCGCAUAGGAUCAACAAUCAGCCACGCCCACUCCACUCACAUGUGCCCGGAGCCAGCGCGCAGCUAGCUUUCUCUCUAAAUAAUGAAGUUUGUAUCGACCUUUAUGAUUACUUUAGCCUAGUUACCAAUACGUUGCUCGUGUAUAAGCACAUAAAUAAAUUUAAUUUUAAGUAGUUAAGUAUAUAAAUGUAAAUGUGAAGACAAAAACAAAACUAGUUAACGUAAAAUGGAGCGAAGCAAAACCAACACAAACAAAACCCAAGCAAAAUAAAAAAAAAUUAAAAAUACAAGGAGGAUAAACGGAAAAUGGAAAAUGAAAAACAAACUUAACAAGCAACAAAAAAUGUGUAUUCUUAUGUGUGAGUGGUAAAUACAUAGCCAUACUUUAUUCAUAGAUUAAUAAACAAUUAUUAAGUGAGUACAUCCCAAUUUAUAGUUAUAGUCGUAACAAGUGCGAUACGUAUUAACAACAACAACAACAACAGCAUUAACGAAAUAAAAAUAAAUAAAUUGGGAAAUAUUUACAUAUUUUUUGCAUACCUCGGACCAAGCAAUGCCAACGUUCGAGUAGGAAAACUUUCAGAAAACCGAAAAAAGACACAAAACCAAAAAGACAAAAAAAACAAAAACUGGAAAAAAAUAAAUAAACACAAAACCGCAGCUGUAAAUAUGAAAAAAAAAAUUAAUAUUUAUGCUAGUUAGUAAAUUAUACGAUCCUUUGCUGGACGUGUAGAGAACUUGAACAUUUCGAUGGUCACGGAUAAGCGGCAGGAAAAAUACAAUUGUGCACUGGGCCCAGCCCGGGCUUUAAAAACCCCCUUAUUGGGGCAAUCUUACACCGACUGAUAGAAAAUUUUGGGCUAUAUUGCCAGUUCUCGUUCAAUAAUCUUAAAAAAUAAAAAACCAAGAAAACAAAAAAAAAAACGAAGUGAAAAUGAAAAUGAAAAAACAAAAACGCUAUAUACAUAAAUAAUUAAUAAUUCAAGGAAAACAAGAAAACAAAAAAUUAAAUCGGAAAUAUUAAUAUCUGUAUGGUUAAAGUAUGAAUAUGAUCAACAUAAAAUUAAGGACAAUGCUAAUGUUAAUUUAUCGGUUUUGAAACAUCAGUAAUAUAUCGUAUUGUACCGUAAAUUAAGCCAUUUAGAAUGAAACGUACGAAUUAAAAUUAUUUUCCAGCUUUA